AUGAGCCCUCCCCAAGAACUCGACGCUGCGGCCAUUCACCGUGAGCCGUACGCCUUUGACGACCCUACCGACUUGGAAAAGAAGGUCACUCCUAAUGAGUCUCCCCCGGACAAUGACCCCUUUGGCAACGAGGAGUGCGGAGAGGUCCAGUACCGCGUGAUGAAGUGGUGGCACUGUGGAAUGCUCAUGAUUGCUGAGAAUAUCUCCCUGGGCAUUCUGUCUCUGCCCUCCGCAGUCGCAACCCUGGGAAUCGUCCCAGCACUGAUUAUUCUCCUCGGCAUGUCUGGCAUUUCAUGGUAUACGGGUUACGUCAUUGGGCAGUUCAAGCUGCGGUAUCCCCAAGUGCACAGCAUGGGAGACGCCGGUGAAAUGCUGCUCGGUCCCAUCGGACGGGAAAUCUUCGGCAUUGGUCAACUUCUUUUCUUGAUCUUCCUGAUGUCGAGUCACAUCCUUACUUUCACCGUGCUGUUUAACACCAUCACAAAUCACGGAACCUGCACCAUUGUUUUCGGAGUCGUCGGUUUGGUGGUCAGCUUUAUUGGUGCGCUUCCGCGCACGAUGAGCAAGGUGUACUGGAUGUCAUUUGCUUCCUGCGUCUCUAUCGUUGUUGCGACUGUUGUCACCAUGAUUGCCAUCGGCGUACAGGCCCCAGACGACGUCCAGAACGAUAUCACCACCAAAGUAUCUUUCAACGACGGUUUCUUGGCCGUGACCAACAUUGUUUUUGCCUACAUUGCCCACGUCGCGUUCUUUGGUUUCAUCUCUGAGAUGAGCAACCCUCGCGAUUUCCCCAAGUCGCUCGCCAUGCUUCAGGUCCUGGAUACCUGCAUGUACAUCGUCACCGCCAUGGUCAUUUACUGCUACGCCGGUCCCGACGUUGCCUCUCCCGCUCUAUCCUCCGCCGGUCCCUUAAUGAAGAAGGUUGCCUACGGUCUGGCCAUUCCUACUGUCAUCAUUGCUGGUGUUGUCUUCGGUCACGUCGCUUGCAAAUACAUCUACGUCCGUAUCUUCCGUGGAACUGUCCACAUGCACCAGAACAGCUUCCUCGCUGUUGGAAGCUGGGUUGGUAUUGCGCUCGGCGUGUGGGUCGUUGCCUGGGUUAUUGCCGAGUCGAUUCCCGUCUUCAACCAGCUGCUGAGUCUUAUCAGUUCCCUUUUCGGAAGUUGGUUCAGUUACGGCCUCCCCGCUAUCUUCUGGCUUUACAUGAACCGCGGCCAAUGGUUCUCCUCUCCCAACAAAAUCUUCCUCACCUGCCUUAACGUGUUCAUUCUGGGUAUUGCGUGCGCAAUCUGCGGUCUCGGCCUCUACGUCUCCGGAAAGGCCAUCCACGACAGCUCCUCCAAAUCUAGCUGGACCUGCUCCAACAACGCCACCUAA